CAGCCGCGGCAGCGACGCGAACUUGGGGCGCCCGACCCGGGCGCGCGGGGGCGGGGACGCGCACGCGGCAAGGGCGGCGGGGGAGACGGGGGCGGGGACGGAGGCGAAGGGGGCGGGGACGGGGGCGCCCCGGCCUAAGUGGUACUAGGAGGGCUAGCCACCCGCUUCCGCUGCCUGCCGGGGAAUCCCCGGGGCUGGCGCGCAGGGAAGUUCCCCAACGCGCGGGCAUAAAAGGGCAGCCGGCGUCAGCGCGCCACAGCCUUGCAGCUCGUGGCAGUGGCGCAGCGCUCCAGCCAUGUCGCGCGGCCUCCAGCUUCUACUCCUGAGCUGCGCCUGCAGCCUGGCUCCCGCAACGCCGGAGGUGAAGGUGGCUUGCUCCGAAGAUGUGGACUUGCCCUGCACCGCCCCCUGGGAUCCGCAGGUUCCCUACACCGUCUCCUGGGUCAAGCUACUGGAGGGCGGUGAAGAGAGGAUGGAGACACCCCAGGAAGACCACCUCAGGGGUCAGCACUAUCAUCAGAAGGGGCAAAAUGGUUCUUUCGAUGCCCCCAGUGAAAGGCCCUAUUCCCUGAAGAUCCGAAACACUACCAGCUGCAACUCGGGGGCAUACAGAUGCACUCUGCAGGACCCGGAUGGGCAGAGAAACCUAAGCGGCAAGGUGAUCUUGAGAGUGACAGGAUGCCCUGCACAGCAUAAAGAAGAGACUUUUAAGAAAUACAGAGCGGAGAUUGUCCUGCUGCUGGCUCUGGUUAUUUUCUACUUAACACUCAUCAUUUUCACUUGCAAGUUUGCACGACUACAGAGUAUCUUCCCAGAUUUCUCUAAAGCUGGCAUGGAACGAGCUUUUCUCCCAGUUACCUCCCCAAAUAAGCAUUUGGGGCCAGUGACUCUUCACAAGACAGAACUGGUAUGAGCAGGAUUUCUGUGGAUUCUUCCUCCCGAAGCUGAGGCUCAGGGGUGUGCCUGUCUGUCACACUGGAGGAGAGAAGAAUGAGCCUACGCUGAAGAUGGCAUCCUCCUGUGAAGUCCUUCACCUCACUGAGAACAUCUGGAAGUGGAUCCCACCCCAUUUGCUGUGAGCAGACCUCGAAAACCAUCACAUGACCACAUAGCAUGGGGCCACUGCUGCUUCUCCAUGGCCACCUUUUCAGCGAUGUAUGCAGCUAUCUGGUCAACCUCCUGGACACUUUUUCAGUCAUAUAAAAGCUAUGGUGAGAUGCAGCUGGAAAAGGGUCUUGGGAAAUAUAAAUGCCCCCAGCUGACCCGUGACAGACUUCUGAGGACAGCUCUCCACUUCUGCAUCUUGGGGACAUCUCUUUGAAUUUGCUGUUUUGCUGUACCAGCCCAGAUGUUUUACGUCUGGGAGAAAUUGACAGAUCAAGCUGUGAGACAGUGGGAAAUAUUUAGCAAAUAAUUUCCUGGUGUGAAGGUCCUGCUAUUACUAAGGAGUAAUCUGUGUACAAAGAAAUAACAGGUCGAUGAACUAUUCCCCAGCAGGGUCUUUUCAUCUGGGAAAGACAUCCAUAAAGAAGCAAUAAAGAAGAGUGCCACAUUUAUUUUUAUAUCUAUAUGUACUUGUCAGAGAAGGGUUUGUGUUUUUCUGCUUUCGAAAUCUGUAUCUGUAGUGAGAUAGCAUUGUGAACCGACAGGCAGCCUGGACAUAGAGAGGGAGAAGUCGGAGAGGGUGACAGGAUAGAGAGCUAUUUAGUGGCCGGCUGGAAAUGCUGGGCUGACGGUGCAGUCUGGGUGCUCGCCCCAUUGUCCCACUAUCUGGCUGCAUGAUCUUGAACAAGUUCCUUCUGGUGUCUGCUUUCUCCAUGGUAAACCACAAGGCUGUUGCAUGGGCCAAUGAAGAUCACCUACGUGAAAAUUCUUUGAAAUCAUAUAAAGCACUAUACAAAUUCGAGACUCCACUGAGCCAUUAUCCUUGCUAUGAUGGUGGCAUUUUGGGGAUGAGGGGGUGCUGUCCAUUUCUCAUGUUUUCCAUCGUGUGAAACAAAGAAGGUUACCAAGAAACCUUUCCUGUAGCCUUCUGGAGGAAUUCUUUUGGGGAAGUGAGGAAACCAGGUCCAUGGUCUGUUCUUGAAACAGUAGCCUAACACACUCCAAGAUACGGACACACGGGAGCCACUGGCAGAAGGGACCUCACGAAAUGUUUGCAUGGAUGUUUUAACUAUUGUUGGGUUUCUCUUAUCAAACUUGGGCCCUUCCCUUCUUGGUUUCCAAAGGCAUUUUAUUGCUUGGGUUAUAUGUUCACUGUCCCCCUAAUAUUAGGGAGUAAAAUGGAUACCAAGUUGAUUUAGUGUUUUUGCCUCUGUCGUGGCUUUCAUGUUAUUAAAUGUAUGCAUGUGAAGAAAGGGUGUUUUUCUGUUUUAUAUUCAACUCAUAAGACUUUGGGAUAGGAAAAAUGAGUAAUGGCUACUAGGCUUAAUACCUGGGUGAUGACAUAAUCUGUACAACGAACCCCCAUAAGUUUACCUAUGUAACAAACCUGCACUUGUUCCCAUGAACUUAAAAUAAAAAUUAAAAAAAAAAUACAAAUACAAAUAAAAAAA